AUGGCCGUCAUCAUCAGUCACUACACUGAGCAGUGGAUAACCUUGUGUGUCCUCUUCGUCUUCACCACCGUCGGGAACACCACGGUGCUGUUCUCCAUGGGGAGGCAGAAGAGGACGUCCAGAGUGACCUUCUCCGUGACCCAGCUGGUCAUCACAGAGAAGCAAGCCAAGGUCCUCGUGCUGGUGGCCUGGAGCCUCUCCUUCCCGUUCUCCAUCCCCACCCUGAUCACCUUCGGGAAGAGGACGCUUUCCAGUGGGGAAGUGCAGUGCUGGUGCUGGGCCCUGUGGCCUGAUGACCCCUACUGGACGCGCAUGAGCAUCGUGGUCUUCAUGGUGUGCUUCAUCCCACCGGCCAUCAUCAGACAGGCCCAGCUGCUGGGGAGGGGCAGCUCAGUGGGCCCCAAAAGUCAGACACCUGGAGGAAGUGGGGCCAAGCCCACCGGGGGAGGAAAGGCUGUGUGUGCAGCGAAGCAGCUGAGCUGGGGCACAGGCCAGCUGCAGGGCCCCGGGAGCCCAGAGCUCGAGAGCAAAGCCGGCUCCUCUCCGACAUUCUGGCAGAAGGACUUCGAGAGCAGUCGCCCGCCGGAGCAGCGGUGCAGCCUAACCCACACAGGGGCAGAGCCUGGCUGUGGGAAAGUGUGCACCAGCUAGAGCCGAGGGCUCCUCCCGAAGGCCAAGGUCAAGGCUGUCAAGUACAGCAUCGCCAUCGUUCUCGCCUCCACCUGCUGCUGGAGCCCGUCCUUCCUUGACAUCUUGGACAACUUCAACCUCCUUCCGGACACCGAGGAGCGUGUCUACGCCUCCAUGAUCACGCAGAACCUGCCGGCACUGAACAGCAAGCACCCACUCAUCCACUGCGUCCUCAGCAGCUCCGUCUGCCACCCCCGCAGGGAGGGCCGAAGACCACGGGGUUCCAGAAUGGCAUGCUGGGAGAGAACUGAGAGGCUGGAGAUGCAGAUUCUGUGCAAGCCAGAGUCCAUCUAG